GCCUGCGGCGGGCCGCCCGGCCCGAGUUCCUGGCAGGUGGGGAGCUGUCCGGCGCGCAGAGAGUUAAAGGCAUCAUCGCAGCCAUUAGAGGGAAAAGUUGCGGCGCGGCGAGCCCGGUGAAGUCCUCCAGCCCGCCCCUCUUGCCCACUCCCCACUUCCCGAGCUGGCUCGGCGUUUAGGGAGGGCAGUGAUCACGCCAGCCGGAGCAGCGGGCUGACGUUGGACGAGCUGCCAGGUAGCUGAAAGCAGGCAGCGAAGCCGCGGAGGCACUUCCCCGCGUUGCAAGCCCGAGUGUGGACUCGAAGCCUCUCCGAAUCCGAGCAGCUGGUUUUAACCUUCGCGAAUUGCACUCCCCUCUCCCCAGAGCCAGUCCUCGCGGAGCUAGCAGCAGGAUGUUUGCAGUGUCGCGCGCAGGGCUCUGAGACUGAGCCUCUGAGACGUUUGCAUUCCUUUCUUUUUGGGCUUUUUGGCUGUUGGCUUCACUGAUGUGACCCCCCCCCCCUUUUGGAAUGAUGGGGAUCUUUUUGGCAUAUGUUGGAUUUGUUUUCUUUUCCGUUUUAUAUGUACAACAAGGGCUGUCUUCUCAAGCAAAAUUUACCGAGUUUCCGCGGAACGUGACGGCGACCGAGGGGCAGAAUGUGGAGAUGUCUUGCGCUUUCCAAAGUGGCUCUGCCUCGGUGUAUCUGGAGAUCCAGUGGUGGUUCCUGCGGGGGCCCGAGGACCUGGAGCCCGGGGCCGAGGUGGCUGGUGCGCAGGUGGAGCUGGUGCCCGACCGAGACCCCGACAACGACGGGACCAAGAUCAGUACAGUGAAAGUCCAAGGCAAUGACAUCUCUCACAAGCUUCAGAUUUCCAAAGUGAGGAAAAAGGAUGAAGGUUUAUAUGAAUGCAGGGUGACAGAUGCCAAUUACGGAGAGCUACAGGAACACAAAGCCCAGGCCUACCUGAAAGUCAAUGCCAACAGCCAUGCCAGGAGGAUGCAGGCCUUUGAAGCCUCGCCCAUGUGGCUGCAAGACAUGAAGCCUCGCAAGAACGUCUCCGCGGCCAUUCCCAGCAGCAUCCACAGCUCCGCCAACCAGCGAAUGCACUCCACCUCCAGCCCUCAAGCGGUAGCCAAAAUCCCCAAACAAAGUCCACAAUCAGGUGCGAGGAUAGCUACAAGCCAUGGACUUUCUGUCCUGCUUCUUGUUUGUGGCUUUGUGAAGGGUGCUUUGCUUUAAUCUAAAGUGCUGACUUUUUUCCAAUAUCACUUUCUCUUCUUAAAGCAAAGAGCAAAUCGCCUGUAAAAUCUACGGAGCGGACAGCAAAGUUGACCCUAAACUCCAAGCACCACUCUGCACCCACUGUUCUCUAAUUACCUACCCAAGGAGCGCCUGCUUCCGGAAGCAUAAAUGAAGAGGCUAUCACACGCUUUGUUCAUAACAUUUUCUUGGGCAAAUCACUGAUCUUUUAUUUCAAGAAAAUUAGUGUGAAGUGAUAGGACUUUUUCUAAUAGCAAGAUCUAUUUUUUUUUUUUCCUUUUCCUUCGGCUACUUAAAGCAUCAUCUCAAUGACUGCUCAGGGGUUGGCCUGAACGUCAUCGGUAUAGCAAAUAUUUACUACGGAUUUCCUACUAAAAGACACAUUAUCUGCAGGAAACAAACAGAAAUCAAAAAGCUACAGAACAUAAACUAUCAUCAAACAAAACCCCCGGUUUGGGGCAACAACAAAAUCGUCAACACUGCGAGUCAACAAGGAGAACAUUAUUUUAAAUAAGACAUAAUAUAAGAGGUUUUGUUUUUUUUUUUUAAUUUUCUUUUUUUUCUUGGAUUUUUUUUUUUUUUUGCCUUUUUCUUGAUUACAGUUCUUGUUCAAUGGUGGCAAGUGCUGAUUACGGCCAAUCCCUGUCAAUCCUGGGAGGUUUCUAUAAAUACAUUUUGAGUGUUCUAUAUUUCGAUGUAUUUUAAUUCAUUUUGCAAUUCCUGUAUAUGCAAACUUGACAAGUUCUGUAAAUUGCUUAUAGUACGUGUGAUAUAACUUCAAAGUAGAUAGACUAUGACCCUCAUGCAAGCUGAUUUUUAUCAUUAAAUAUAUAAAUAUAUACAUAUAAAGAUCUAUAUGUUGGGCCACCAACCAACUUUUUUUAGAUAAAGCAUUUGUUUUUCACUUAUAAUUCAUAUAUUGUGUGAAUUUUGUAAUGCCUUGUUUCACUUCCACAGGUUUGACAGCUGCAGAUGGUCUCUGUUGCCCUCUGCUUCCUUCUGGAAAAUGCAUAUUCAAAAUUGUAUUGGUCUCUGAUAAAUGAAUUAAUUUUGUUGUGUGUAUGCUGUGUUGAAAUUUGCUAUGUUUCUUUAUAUACGGUGUUGAUUGAGGUUGGAGGGUCUCUUGACUCUGAAGAAUGUACACUCUCUGGUUUUGACAGCUCUCCCUCCAUUAUUAUCAUCAUUAUUAUUUUCAAAAAGCAAGGUUGCUUCUAGAAAAUUUGCCUUGGAGGUGAAUGUGGAUAAAGUGAAGUGGUCACCAUGAUUACCCAAAGUCAUGGAAGAACACUUCUUGCUGUGGCUUAAAAUGCUGCUUCCUUUGACCUUUAUGGAUUUUUGUAGCUUUGUCACUCUGUUAUUUACUGCUAAUUAUAUUUUAAUGUCUCCUAAUUAAAAAUUAAAAUUUGGUUGUUGGCUAAAUAGAAUAUGCAAAAGAUGACUGCAAAUCCCCAACUAAAGAAGACAAUGUGUUCAAGUUUUCACUGGUUAAGUGAAUUAUAAUUUCAAAUAUUGCAUUCUUAUUUUUGGCUUUAUGAUAAUUCAGAUUAUUUUAUUUGGAAACUGUUUUCUACUCUGGCAAAGAAUGAUAGGCAGAAAUUAAUGUGUUCCAGAUACACUAGAAUAGAUACAGAUUGAGACAGAAAUGACUUAAGUUUUCCUUACAGAGAGAUUCUUCCAUUUUCUUUCAUAACAAAACCAGAAGAUCAUCUUUGUAGGACCAGCAGCUCAUAGGCAAAGGUCCUAAACUGAAGCUUGAAGGCAAUGAAUACCUCUGCUUUUCAAAGGUAAAUUCAUUGAUUUUCUGCUGUUCAAUUACAAGCAGUGUGCAUAUUUUCAUAAUAUCUUAACAUUAUCUUUGAGAAAUAAUGUUUCAGGCUAAAACUUUUAUUGACUUCUUUUUGUCCAUUUGGUUUAUUAUUUCAGUCUAAUGAGAAAAAUAAAGGAUUUAAUUACGCUAUUUUAUUAACCUAGAAAUUUAUUUUCUUUCAAAAUUUAAUACUUAAAAUGCAUAAAUUAAUGUUAAAUAAAUAUUUAUUAAGUCUAUCUGGCCUCUAAAGAUCACAUAUAUUCAAGCAUAAAUUAACUUACUGAUUCAAAUUCAGUCAGGCUGGGAAAAUCCACCAUGGAAUUUACUUUUACCCAAAGUUCAGGUCAUGAGAUUGGUCAACUUUAAAGCAAGACAGACAUGUAUCUGUAUCAAUGAUGUUUACCAUGCUCGCUCGUAAUAAAGGAUAUAUGCUGGCUUGGGAAGAAUUCUCGCUAGAUUCAUUGUAUCAGUGUCCAAAAUAAUGAAGUUUCCUUUGUCAGUGGGAUUCCAAGAGUCUGGCUCACUGACCACUGUGAGAAAGAACAUGGCACACUCUUUCUAUCUCCAAACUUGAAAAGUUAAUAUGUAAACUUAAAUAUUGGAUAGAAGCUUUAAAAAAAUUAAAGAAUCUGUCUAGCAUUUUUCAUCUUGUAUCGUGUACCUCUGGGACUACUACUCAUAAGUAACCAUGACUAGAAACAAAGAUUGAAAAAUAAAUUAUAUGAUUUUCUCAACCUUGAUUUCUAAGAUGAAAUGUUUUUCAGAAGAGGAAGUCAU